UUAGACCAGAACCACAUCUACCCAUGAUCCAGGGGCCACAGAUGGUUUAUAUCCAGGGCCCACAGUAUCUAUCUAUCUAUCUAUCUAUCUAUCUAUCUAUCUAUCUAUCUAUCUAUCUAUCUAUCUAUCUAUCUAUCUAUCUAUCUAUCUAUCUAUCUAUCUAUCUAUCUAUCUAUCUAUCUAUCCAUCCAUCCAUCCAUCCAUCCAUCCAUCCAUCCAUCCAUCCAUCCAUCCAUCCAUCCAUCCAUCCAUCCAUCCAUCCAUCCAUCCAUCUAUCUAUCUAUGUUCUCUACCUGCAGCGCCUCACCUGGUCGUCAUGGUAACCUCUCUCCUUCUGUCCAUAAUGCCACCAGUAGAGCGUCUGGGUGAAACCUGAGCAGGUGUGGCGGCUCGUGGUCACCUGAGCCGAGCUGCUGCUGAAUGUUUGAUGGAGGCUGAGAGAUCCUGUGAGCUGCAGGUGGAACACCUGGACAGUUAGACACUCACUCAGUCUGAGAGGACGCCGCACUCACAGACGCUCCAGCAGACAGGUGAUGGUGUCAGGAUGUCUGAGGGGAGGCAGCGAACUUUGUCCACCUCUGGAGAGUCUCUAUACCAGAUCCUGGGUCUGCAGAAAGGCUGCAGCCAUGACGACAUCAAGAAGUCGUACAGGAAGCUGGCGCUGCGGUUCCACCCCGAUAAGAACCCCGACAACCCCGAGGCGGCGGAGAAGUUCAAGGAGCUGAACGGGGCCCAUGCCGUCCUGUCCGACCUCACCAAGAGGAACAUCUACGACUCGUACGGGUCACUGGGGCUCUACGUGGCGCAGCAGUUCGGCGAGGACAACGUCAACACCUAUUUCAUGUUGUCCACCUGGUGGGCCAAGGGUUUGUUCGUGGUCUGUGGUGUUCUGACCGGAUGCUAUUGCUGCUGCUGCCUCUGCUGCUGCUGCAACUGCUGCUGCGGGAAGCUGAAGCCGCAGCCCACAGGUGAGGGGGCGGAGCCAGAGUACAUAUCCCCCGAUGACCUGGAGGAGGAGCUUCGCAAUGACAACGAUGUCGAAGCUCCGAUCGUCCAGCAGCCGACAAACGCCAGCGAGAAAACACAGCUGAUCGGUGACGGACACCGUCGGUACGGAGACUCCUACACAUGAAGGUUGAGCAGGAAAAGGUGUAAAAUGUUCUCAUCUUCUGGGUCUUGAAGCCACAGUCUGAUGUUCAUUGAAAUCCUGAUACAGUUUUUAAAGGUUCUUAGAGGACUUUUGGAGGUUUUUCAUGAUGUCAGACUGUCUAUGAAUUUAUAAACUAAACUUCUCCUGCCUAAGCGAGUGCUCUGAUUGGCUGCUGAUUGUUUCCAGAGUUCUGUUAACGUCUGCUGUAAAUAAAGUUUUGGUUUGUUUCUAUACUCAUCU